ACUUAGAGAUAGGGGUAGGAAGGACAAUGAUAGGGGGAUAAUAAAAUGAGACAGAAGGGGGUUUUGGCGAGUUCAGCGACAAUAAAUGUCCGAAAAACACGAAGUUUGCUAUCCUCCUCCCUCCGACCCUCUGUCUCCUUUUUUUCUUCUUCGUUUUCGCCUCUCUCUCUCCACCAUUUUUUUUUUUUUCGAUAUAGAGUUUCGGGAACGGGGAGACAUGGUAAUCAGAGAUGUCUUGACUCAAGACUCGAAGUUCGCUUGUCGUCGGCCGGGUCGCCCAAAUUGGCCCGAGACUUUUCUCGGCAACCGGUUGCAGCAGGCAAACUACAUUAACCACCUAACUACCUCAACCCAGGCGGUGGACGGUUUCGCUGAAUGCAUACAACAUACAAGCCCACAACAUACAACUUACAACUUACAACCAUCGCACCGCGCAAUAGGUACGCGAGAGCUCGUGGCAUUUUUUUUCAUUAUCAGGGAAAUGUCUUAUUGCGAUACUCACAUACGUACAAUAUGUUCACGCAGUAGUAGGAGGUAUCCAUAUGUCUAUGAGAUACCUACGUACACCCAUACUUACCCACAGGAGAAGCGUGGAAUGUGUACCUGCCUACAUACAUACCUAGUGGAAUUACUGCUGCUCGAUGCCGUCGGCGAUGUGAUGUCGUCAUGCGAGACUAGAUUCGUCAUCCAUCUUGUCUUUCCAUGGGGGCCAGUCCGGUCAAACCUCUCAUGUCCCAGCUACCGAGCCCUUGGAUGGGAUGUGUGGCCCCCUCCUGCCUCCUUGUCUCUCACCCCCAUCAACAACCUAGCUUUCGAUGUCGUGCGCGCGUAUGGGAUAGGGUUACUCGUGGCCACAGAUCGGCUCCCCUAGCAUGACGGUUCACCAAGUUUUUACCUAGAUUCCUAUAUAUAUGGAAUUUCAUGGCUUGUGGUUCGGGAUACUUAGAUAAGGGUUGGCUCUUCUUCUGUUUCAUGAGACUUCGUGUUUGUUUCGAAGGGGGGCGUCCAGACCUGUCGUGGUGAUGAGAUGGUUCUCGCAGUGUCU